AUUGAACGUAAACAAGGCAAACGCUUGAAAACAUACGAAGCGCAUUUAAUUCGAAAAAUUGAAGAAAUAAGCGAAAAAAUCAGGAAAAAAUAGUGAAAUUCGUUAAAAAUAAAUUUUGAAGCCCCGUGAAGAUGGUUGAAAAUUUGGAUAAACUCGAAAUCCGUGAUAUCACGCGAAUCGAACGAAUUGGCGCUCAUUCUCACAUUCGAGGUCUCGGAUUGGAUGAUGUGCUUGAAGCGCGUGCCGUUUCUCAAGGCAUGGUCGGGCAAAAAGAUGCUCGUCGUGCUGCCGGAAUUGUCGUUCAAAUGGUACGCGAAGGAAAAAUCGCAGGUCGUUGCGUUUUACUUGCCGGCGAACCAUCAACCGGCAAAACUGCGAUUGCGGUAGCGAUGGCACAAGCUUUAGGCACGGAAACUCCCUUCACGAGUAUGUCGGGAUCGGAAAUUUAUUCGCUUGAAAUGAGCAAAACGGAGGCACUGUCGCAAGCGCUGCGUAAAAGUAUCGGGAUUCGCAUCAAGGAGGAAACGGAAGUCAUUGAGGGAGAAGUUGUUGAGAUCCAAAUUGAUCGUCCCGCAACAGGAACCGGCCAGAAAAUCGGCAAAGUUACGUUAAAAACGACGGAAAUGGAGACAAGUUACGAUUUGGGCAACAAAAUCAUCGAAUGUUUCAUGAAGGAAAAGGUUCAGGCAGGCGAUGUCAUCACAAUUGACAAAGCUUCGGGCAAAGUUAGCAAGUUGGGACGGAGUUUUACGCGAGCUCGUGAUUACGACGCUACCGGAGCACAAACCCGUUUCGUUCAAUGUCCCGACGGGGAGUUGCAAAAACGCAAAGAAGUCGUUCAUACAGUGACUUUGCACGAAAUUGACGUCAUAAACUCCCGCACACACGGCUUCCUCGCGUUAUUUUCGGGCGACACGGGCGAAAUUAAGCAAGAAGUUCGCGAUCAAAUCAAUAACAAAGUCUUGGAAUGGCGCGAAGAGGGAAAAGCUGAGAUAAAUCCGGGCGUUUUGUUCCUUGACGAAGCUCAUAUGCUCGACAUCGAGUGUUUCUCGUACUUGAAUCGCGCUUUGGAAUCGGAUAUGGCUCCCGUUGUCAUCAUGGCAACAAAUCGGGGCAUCACUCGUAUUCGUGGCACGAACUAUCGCAGUCCUCAUGGCAUUCCAAUCGAUUUACUCGAUCGCAUGAUAAUCAUUCGCACAGUUCCCUACACCGAAAAAGAAGUGAAAGAAAUUUUGAAGAUUCGUUGCGAAGAAGAAGAUUGUCAAAUGCACGAAAAUGCGUUGACUAUUCUCACUAAAAUUGGUAUCGAAACAAGUUUGCGGUAUGCCAUCCAACUUAUCACGACGAGUAAUUUGGUAGCGAAGCGUCGUAAGGCAACGGAAGUUUUGAUGGAAGACGUGAAGAAGGUUUUUAAUCUCUUUUUGGAUGAAAAUCGUUCGAGCAACAUCAUGAAGGAGCAUCAAGAUGCGUAUUUGUUCAACGAAAUUAACGAUUCGAUUCCCAAAGGAGAACAAAUGGAUGUCAACUAAGUAAUUUUAACACUCGAUAUGCUAUGAUGAUAAAUAAAAUUUAUUUCCUUUAA